AUGGCCGCCAUCAAAGCGCUGCAGCAGUGGUGCCGGCAGCAGUGCGAGGGCUACCGGGACGUGAACAUCACUAACAUGACCACGUCGUUCCGCGACGGCCUGGCCUUCUGCGCCAUCCUGCACCGCCACCGGCCCGACCUCAUAAACUUCAAUGCUCUCAGGAAGGAAAACGUUUAUGAAAACAACAAACUGGCCUUCCGCGUGGCCGAGGAGCAGCUGGGUAUCCCAGCCUUGCUGGACGCCGAGGACAUGGUGGCUCUGAAGGUGCCCGACCGGCUGAGCAUCCUGACCUACGUGUCCCAGUACUACAACUACUUCCACGGCCGCUCCCCCAUUGGGGGCAUGGCCGGCAUGAAGAGGCCUCCGUCAGACUCCGAGGAGGAACCAUCUGGGAAGAAAGCCCCAUCCCAGCCGGCCAAACUGCCCUCACCCGCCCCAGCCCGGGGGCCUCCACUGUCCCCAGCCAGGACAAACCCUGUUGUCCAGCGGAAGGAUGGGGGUGCAGAGGGCCUGCCCCCGAAGGCUGGCCUGGCGUCAGUGGGCAGCUCAGUCAGCAGCACCUGUGGGAUCUGUGGCAAGCAUGUGCACCUGGUGCAGAGGCACCUGGCCGACGGGAGGCUCUACCAUCGGAGUUGCUUCAGGUGUAAGCAGUGCUCCAACACGCUGCACUCAGGGGCCUACAGGGCCACAGGAGAGCCAGGAGUCUUUGUCUGCACCAGCCACCAGCCCAGAGCUGCCCCUGUAAGCCCCAAGUUGCCUGGCCUGGCCCCUAGACAUCCAGGGGCCAUCCCCAUGGACUCUCGUUCCCCCAAAGCCCCGCGGAAGGCCCAGGAGGUGAAUGGGUCCAGAGAAGCUGGGCUGAAGUCCAGGCCACCAGCCUGGGAGCCUUCAGUGGGCAACGCAACUGCCAAAGGUUUUGUUCCAGCUGCACCUGACCCUCCAGCCACCACGUCCUCCCGCAUCCAGGUGGGGAGCCCAGCCUGGCCCAGGCUCUCCUCAAGUCGCGUGGCUUCCACCCCCAUGGAUGGCAAAGCUGGCAUGCGUGUGACCAACAGCUCCCCAACAGGGUGGUCAUCACCAGCCCAGGGCACAGCAGCAGUCGGCUCCCAUCCUGCCAUGCCCCCAAGUGCCCUGAACCCUCGCCCAGCAACGCCACAAGGCCGGGGGUCCCCCCAAAUGGCAGCUGCUCAGCCCAAGCUCAGUUCCAGCUCAGCAUCUCCAGGCCCAGUGGACUCCCCAGCCUGGACCCCAUCAGCCUCCAGGACCCAGCAGGCCCGGGAGAAGUUCUUCCAGACAUCUGGAGUCCCCCCCAGCAAUGGCCCAGCUGGCAGGGUCCCAGCUCCAGUGGACGCUCCCUCCAGAGACAGCAGCAGGGAGCAGGCACUAAGCUUCCUCAGGAAGGCCCUUCCACGGCUGGGGGAGGCUGGCGCUCAGGCUCCUGGCAGGCCCUCCCGUACCCCGAAUUCCCGUCCCCAAACCGAAGGGCCACAAGCAAGUCCCUCAGUCAAGCCGUCACAAUCUGCGUCUCCCAGGGCCCUUAGUAACCCUGUGAGGAUGGAGCCGCAGGCCUCCCUGAGUGUGGGCGGCACCUCUCAGGCAUCCGCAUCGCCCCAGGUGGGCAGGAGGAGCUCGGCUGGAUCCUCGGGGGUCAGCAGGGUGGGUGCUGGCUCCAGGAUGAAGCCAGAGGCCCCAACGACAAAGAGUAAGAGCCCCCUUAUGUGGAGCCCAAGUGCCAGCCCCCAGGAAGGCCAGGAGGAUGGGCCGGCAGGAUGGAGGGCCCGCCUGAAGCCGGUGGAUAAGAAAAAUCUGGCUGAGAGGGCUCUGGAGGUGAAGGACCCGCAGGUCCCAGCUGAGCCAAAGGCAGGGGACACUCCCAAGAAGGUCUCAGGAAGCUGCGAGGGAGGUGUCCGCAUCACCCUGACCCCUGUGUGGCCUGACAGGAUGCCAGGGCCAGCUGGGCCUGGGCCCACCCUCUCAGCCGUGUCCCCCUCCCCGUCCCACCGCAGGAAAUUGGCUAUCCCUGCCAGUCUCGAUGUUUCUAGCGAUUGGCUUCAGCCCGUGCCCUCGAGGCAGGAAGCCCAGGCCUGGAGCUGGAAGAAGGAAGAGGAGAAAACCUGUCCUCAGGGCAAACCAGGGAGGCCCCUGGGCCCAGCCAGUGUCCCUGCUCCGCCUGGCAAGACUGUGACCUCCCCCGUCAGGCUGCACCCAGACUACAUCCCCCAGGAGGAGAUCCAGAGGCAGGUGCAGAACAUCGAGAGGGAGUUGGACACCCUGGAGCUCAGGGGCAUUGAGCUGGAGAAGCGACUGCGGGCGGCUGAGGGAGAUGACUCGGAGGACAGCCUUAUGGUGGACUGGUUCCGGCUUAUCCACGAGAAGCAGCUGCUGCUGAGGCUGGAGUCAGAGCUGAUGUACAAGUCCAAGGACCAGCACCUGGAGGAGCAGCAGCUGGACAUCGAGGGCGAGCUGCGCCGGCUGAUGGCCAAGCCCGAGAGUCUGAAGUCACCCCAGGACCGGCAGCGGGAGCAGGAGCUGCUGGACCGGUACGUGAACACGGUCAAUGACCGCAGUGACAUCGUCGACUUCCUGGAUGAGGACCGGCUCAGGGAGCAGGAGGAGGACCAGAUGCUACAGAACAUGAUCCAGAAGCUGGACCUCCAGAGGAAAAAGCCCAGGUUCCGCUUGUCCAAGAUCUGGUCCCCAAAGAGCAAAAGCCAUACCCCGCAGUGAGCUGCUGGCCAGGGUUGCAGGACGCUUGCCAGUGGGCCAGGCAGGGCUGGCCAAAGCCCCGCCAUUCGGGCUCAGGAAGGGACUGGUGGUGUGGCCCUGGAGGGGACGUGGGGGCAGCAAGGACCUGUGCCACCCUCUCUGGGGUCUGAGUGGCCUCAAUAAAGCAGCUGCCCGCAUGGCUUCCUGCUCGA